AUGGAAACAACAUCUCGGCCUUUAGCUGUAGAAAGCUUCUCAGACAGUUGGUUGUCAAACACAAGACCCUCUUUGAUAAAAGUCCUUGAUAAAUCCAACACAAACAGCUUCGAUUUUGAUACCUCAAUUUCUGAUAAAUCUCCCGUUAACUUUGUCCACGCUGAUGAACUCUUCUCUGAUGGCCUAAUCAAGCCCGUCUUUGUGGAUCCCAUUAAUGGAGGAGUCUCUAGUUCUACUAGCAGUAGUAGUAAGAGUACAACAGAUUCCGAUAUUUUCGCCUUGUCCUCUCUAUCUGAUCCAAGAACUAGCGUCACUGAUCAGGAUGUUCAGAUGGGCUGUUCUUGUUGCUUCUUUAGAAGGCGGAGAAGGUUGUUAUCCGAGCAAGUCUUGCGAAAGAUAUUCGGAUAUCUUAUCAGAACUCGACGGGCAAAAGUCGUGGGGGGUUCGAAGAAAAGCACAAAGGUUGAUGAUAUUGAUAGAAGAACACUUGAAGUUAAGAGCUGGAGUAGUUGCAGUUCACCAGGUCCAAGCACAGUGUAUGAUAUUGAGAGCUCAAUCUAUGAAGCAGUUCUUCAUUGCAAAAGAUCAAUAGGUAAAUGA